AUGGCUUCAGUCUCUAGACUUCUUGCCGUUGCGGCGAUCUGUGUUUCCUUGCUUUCGUCGUUCUCGACAGCGCACCCUGGAGAGCAUCAUGACAAAAUCGAGAUACUGAAGGAAAUGAGAGAGCGUGGUAUCGAGGCCGCAAAACAACAAGAAUCAUGGAGCAAAUGUUCCAACUCCGAGGAGUCGCAAGCCAGACAAGAACGUGCUUUGCAGCGUCGAGCGGCUAUUGUUCAACAACUCCGAGAAGAACGAGGUCUUACAGACACACCUUUCAUCACCCGUCGUAAUAUGGCUCAGUUCAAGCAGUGGGAGACCAAAAGCCACGACAAGACCACUGGCUCUCGUCUCAACUCCACAACACCUGAAGCAACAGUGUUCGGCACCAACUUAAGUUGCAUUCUGGCCCCAGACAAUGCCAAUGGACCGUACUACGUCCUGGGAGAACACAUUCGUAGCAAUGUUGUUGAAGGCCAAGUAGGAGUUCCAAUGCAUUUGGAGUUGCAAUUCAUCGAUGUUACCACGUGCAAGCCUCUGCAACCACUUGUUGUCGAUAUUUGGUCUUGCAACGCCACAGGGGCCUACUCAGGUGUAAGUGCUGCAGGUGAAGGUGGUCUGCAAACCACUUUCCUGCGAGGAGUUCAGCAGACCGAUUCAGAUGGUGUGGUCCAGUUUGAUACCAUAUUUCCUGGACACUACUCCGGCCGGGCAACUCAUGAGCACAUUCUGACCCAUACUGGAGCCACCAUCUUGCCAAAUGGUACUUUUAGUGGAGGUCAUAUCUCCCAUCUUUCGCAACUCUUCUUCGACACUGCAUUGAUCAAUGCCGUUGAAGCUACCGCUCCUUAUAAUACGAACAAGAUUCCGCAUACCACAAACGACGCAGAUGGAUUCACCGGAUACUCUGCCACUGCAGCUUAUGAUCCAUUUCCAAACUACAUCAUGCUCGGCAAUAAGCUUUCCCAUGGCCUCUUUGUCUGGGCCGAGUUGGGUGUACAACCAACCAACGAUCAAGGCGUAUAUGGUACGAAUGCUGCUUACUUAGCAGCGGAUGGUGGCCAUGAUAACCCGGGAUUCAAUUUCUUUGCCAUAGCAUUUCCUCCCCCAACGGCUGGAUAA